AUGGCCCUCGCACCGAUCAAGCUGUACUGGAGAAGCCAGGUCCCCAACCCUUCCAAAGUUCUCAUCAUCCUCGAGGAACUCAACCUCCCUUACGAGAGUGAAUGGGUUGAGCUCGAGGGGCUCAAGCAGAAACCAUUCACAGACGUGAACCCUAAUGGACGUGUCCCAGCCAUCGUUGAUCCCAACACUGGGCUUACUCUGUGGGAGUCUGGUGCUAUUGUGCAGUACCUGAUCGACACCUACGAUAAAGACCACAAACUCACUUAUGAUUCUUCGCCGGAAAAGUACAAGCUGAUCCAGUGGUCUUACUUCCAAGCCUCGGGCCAAGGCCCCUACUUUGGACAGUCUGCCUGGUUCAACAUCUUCCACGAAAAGAUCUACGGUGAAUCCCCAGAGUCGGCUAAAGUGCGAUAUGGAACAGAACUCAAGCGUAUCGCGGGUGUCCUGGACACGGUUCUGAGCAAGCAGGAGUGGCUGGUUGGCGACAAGUGCACUUAUGCAGACUUGGCUUUUGUCAUGUGGAACAUGCAGAUUCCAUUCUUCAUGGCCAGUCGCACGGGUGAGUAUGCUUGGAAGCCGGAGGAAGUUCCCCACUUCACCCGCUGGCAGAACGCCAUGAUGGCUCGUCCCUCUGUCCAAAAGGUUCUCAGUGUGCUGAAUGAGACCGAGGUGAAGAGUUCGUAA